AUGCACUUCUCAAAGACCUUCCUCUCCGUCGCCGCGCUGGCCAUCUCCUCAACGACAGUCUUCGCAAACCCCAUCGCGCAACCGGCAGCGGCGGCUGAACAGCUCGAGGACCGUACUAUCCUUUCUGCAGAAGAGACCGAAGUCGUCAAGCGCGCCGCAGAGAUCCUCGAGACCCGUCAGGGAUGGACGUGUUCGUUCUUGGGCGAUAAGGCUUGUCAGGUGAAGUGUUUUGGGUUGAAGGGAACUGGUGGAUACUGCAACUCCAAGAAGUAA